UAAGGCCGGGAGGAGUGGCCGGGCCCGGGGGUCAGCCGCGCAGGGCCGGCCACUGUCACAGGCGUCCCGCGCUCCGGCUUGGUCCCGUCCUGCGCGCACCCGGCCGCACGGCGCACACUCGCGCUCUGGGACCACAUCCCGCCCCUCUCCGAGAGUCCUCAUGGGGCCCGAGGCGGCCUGCCCAGGGAGGGGCCUCCUGUCUGGCCUCCAGGUGAGGACCUGGAUCGAACCCGUGGUGGCUUCCACGCAGGUGGCCGCCUCCCUCUACGAGGCGGGGCUGCUCCUCGUGGUGAAGGCGUCCUUUGGAGCCGGGGCCUCCUCCAACCACAGCACCAGCCCGUCGCCCCGGGACGCCCUGGAGGACCAGCAGCAGAGGGCCAUCUCCAAUUUCUACAUCAUCUACAACCUCGUGGUGGGCUUGACGCCGCUGCUGUCUGCCUACGGGCUGGGCUGGCUCAGUGACCGCUACCACCGCAAGAUCUCCAUCUGCGUGUCCCUGCUGGGCUUCCUGCUCUCCCGCCUUGGGCUGUUGCUCAAGGUGCUGCUGGACUGGCCGGUGGAGGUGCUGUACGGGUCAGCGGCGAUAAAUGGGCUAUGCGGUGGCUUCUCGGCCUUCUGGUCCGGUGUCAUGGCCCUGGGCUCCCUGGGCUCCCCCGAGGGUCGCCGCUCUGUGCGCCUCAUCCUCAUCGACCUGAUCCUGGGCGUGGCAGGAUUCUGCGGGAGCAUGGCCUCUGGGCAUCUCUUCAAACAGAUGCCUGGGCACUCCGGGCAGGGCCUGGUGCUGACCGCCUGCAGCGUGAGCUGGGCUGCUUUUGCGCUUUUCUACAGCCUCUUGGUCCUGAAGGUCCCUGAGUCGGUGGCCAGACCCAGCAGGGCGCUCCCCGUGGUGGACACAGUAUCUGGCACGGUUGGCACCUACCGUGCCCUGGAUCCUGAUCAGUUAGACAAGCAGAGUGUGGUGGGGCACCCUCCAGCCCCUGGGAAGGCACAACCCCCAAGGACUAUCAUUGCCCUGCUCUUUGUGGGUGCCGUCGUAUAUGACCUGGCUGUGGUGGGCACCGUGGACGUGAUGCCCCUUUUCAUGCUAAGGGAGCCUCUCAGUUGGAACCAAGUGCAGGUGGGCUAUGGCAUGGCUGCAGGCUACACCGUCUUCAUCACCAGCUUCCUGGGUGUCCUGGUCUUCUCCCGCUGCUUCCAGGACACCACCAUGAUCAUGAUCGGUAUGGUGUCUUUUGGGUCAGGAGCCCUCCUCUUGGCGUUUGUGAAAGAGACAUACAUGUUCUACAUUGCUCGAGCUGUCAUGCUGUUCGCGCUCAUCCCCAUCACAACCAUCCGAUCAGCAAUGUCCAAACUCAUCAAGGGCUCCUCUUACGGAAAGGUGUUCGUCAUCCUGCAGCUGUCCCUGACUCUGACCGGGGUGGUGACCUCCACAGUCUACAACAAGAUCUAUCAACUCACCAUGGAAAAGUUUGUUGGCACCUGUUUUGCUCUCUCCUCCUUUCUCUCCUUCCUGGCCAUCAUCCCAAUUGGCAUCGUGGCCUAUAAACAAGCCUCAUUGUUGCAAUAUGGUGACAUCACGGAGACAUGAUGGUGCUGACCUACGGGAGCUGUGAGGACCAGCAACAGCGGGACCCCUUUGAAGGCAAAGGAAGGAACUGAGUGCUGGUGACCAAGGCAACCCACCACCCCCAAACCCCGAGUUCAAGCCAGAGUUGGCCUCCGAAUGACCCGCUCUGGCUCUGGGGUCCCUGGUGGGUGGGGGAAUUUUCUUGGUGAUAGAAAAACUUUCUC